GCCAUAACGUUUUUCCGGUGGGGCAUCACUCCAAGGACUGAGAGAAAAGAGACGAUAGCUACCAAACUGUUGGUGGCAGAAAUUGAAGAACGUUUCUUAUUUAAAAAAUAGUUUCGGGUCAAGAGAUCGGAAUGGCGUCCGGCAGUUCGAGCAGCGAGGAGGAGAGGAGUCUGCGCGAGUGCGAGCUAUACGUGCAGAAGCACAACAUCCAGGCGCUGCUGAAGGACUGCAUCGUGCAGCUCUGCACCUCUAGGCCAGAGCGACCCAUGGCCUUCCUCAGAGAAUACUUCGAGCGGCUCGAGAAGGAGGAAGCUAAGCAGCACCUGAGUCAGCAGAAGGCCAGCUCCCGCUCGGACUCGCGUGAGGACGAGAUCUCUCCUCCCAUGAACCCCGUGGUGAAGGGCAGACGGCGACGCGGGGCCAUCAGCGCUGAGGUCUACACAGAGGAGGAUGCCGCCUCCUACGUCAGAAAGGUCAUCCCCAAGGACUACAAAACCAUGGCUGCUCUGGCUAAGGCCAUUGAGAAGAAUGUGCUUUUUGCCCACCUCGAUGACAACGAGAGAAGUGACAUUUUUGAUGCCAUGUUCUCAGUCACCUACAUUGCUGGAGAAACGGUCAUUCAGCAAGGUGCUGAGGGGGACAACUUCUACGUUAUUGACCAGGGCGAAAUGGAUGUGUAUGUCAACAAUGAGUGGGUGACCAGCAUUGGUGAGGGUGGCAGCUUUGGAGAGCUGGCUCUGAUCUAUGGCACCCCGAGGGCUGCAACAGUCAUGGCCAAGACCAACGUCAAGCUGUGGGGCAUCGACAGAGACAGCUACCGCAGAAUACUCAUGGGCAGCACACUGAGGAAGAGGAAGAUGUACGAAGAGUUCCUGAGCAAAGUCUCCAUCCUUGAGUCUCUGGACAAGUGGGAGCGGCUGACGGUGGCUGACGCCCUGGAGACGGUGCAGUUUGAGGACGGCCAGAAGAUCGUGGUGCAGGGAGAACCAGGGGACGAGUUCUUCAUCAUCCUGGAGGGUUCAGCUGCAGUGCUGCAGAGGCGGUCAGAGAACGAGGAGUUUGUGGAGGUGGGAAGACUGGGGCCCUCCGACUACUUUGGUGAAAUUGCUCUGCUGAUGAAUCGCCCCCGUGCUGCCACCGUGGUCUCUCGCGGACCCCUCAAGUGCGUCAAACUCGACCGCCCGCGAUUCGAGCGAGUGCUCGGCCCCUGCUCAGACAUCCUCAAGAGGAAUAUCCAACAGUAUAACAGCUUUGUCUCCCUGUCUGUCUGAACAGCCCACCCCUACCCGUAAAUCCCCUCCACAUGCCCCCCCACACAACACAACCCCGCCCCCAGACUCCAAACCUGCUCCCCUCUCCUCCUCGCUCCUCCCCCAGUUGAACCUCCUGUGCCACAGGGUCCACAGUGCAAAUCUGCUUUAUUUUCUUACUUCUAAGUGGCGUGUGUUCCAACACCCACGUGCCCACUCUGUCGUCAGUGUUGUUUCUGCUUUAGCACGCUUUUGUCUUUUUUUCUCUCUCCUCUAUCGCUUUUUUUUUCUCUCCUCAGUUUUCGAAAAAUUUGCUUUUUCCUUCACAUUGGUAAGCUAGCUGCCUCCCUGUUAAAGUGUAGGUUCUCCCUUCCACAUACAGCAGUUUCUCCUAACGGUCUCUCUCUUUAGGGCUUUUGCUCCGUUGUGCCAGAGAGGUAUUUUUGUUACUAUUAACACAUUCAUGUGAGAUUUUGAAAAGGUGCAUCAAACACCUUAUUCCCGAGUGAUUUUCUUCAAUGGGGGCUCGUUGAAAAGCCCAGGAGAAAAGGAGAAAAAGCUCCCCCACCCUCUAAAGAGAUGAAAGGUCAAAGAUGCAUUUUGAUCCGUUUUAAAAUGUAUUUUUCUUUGUUUUGCGUUUUUUUUCAGCUAUUCUUUUGCAAUCUAUCUUGUGUUUUAUGACUUGGAGAACGUUAGGUAAGCCAAAGGCAAGUUUCUGUCUUGUUUAUUUUGUUGUGUUCAGUUUGGAAUACUGUAGCUAUCCGAAUGGUACUGAAGUCAUCAUAUGCACCAUUUCAAGUCAUGGUAUUUAUGAUUUUUUAUUUUUUUUUCUCUUUUAAUUGUUCUAGUUGCACAUAUACAACAUAUAUAUAUAAAAUAUCUAUAUAUAUUAAAGGCAAAAUGACCAUAACCAUAUUUUUUGCACAGUUUGUUAUAUAAAUAUACAGUAUAUGAAUAUAAAUACACAUUUGUAGAUAUAUAUGGAGAAACUCUUGCUUGUGCACCUGCUGUUUUUGUUUUUCUUUUCUUUUCUUUUUUUUGGGCUCUGGUUCUAUUAUUUCUAUAAGAAAGUAUGCCCUGUAGUUGGAUCUCAUGUUCAUCCCUAACCCAGCAACUCUCCCUCUUUCUCUCUCUCUCUCCAUCUAUCUCCAUCUCUCCAUCGUAAGUGGUAACAUCUAAUCCCAUUGCCCCGUUAGCAGUGACAUCACUAAUGCCCCAUGACGCGUCAUCUGCCAGCCACUCUCCUACCCCAUGCCCCAUAUGUAAUGUUCCCUGGCUAUGCGCAUCCAUCGCUUCAUGGCUUUUGGUCUCUGGCCGUUGGGCCAUGCGUCCCCUCCAACCAAGUGCCAAAUACCAGAUGGUGGUCCUCAUUCCAGAGCAGAGCGGAGCAGAGGGGGUGGAGGAAAAAGGUCUGCUGUCAGUCUGUAGUAGGAUGGUGCUGUGAACUUCAUGGAUUAGUUUGUGCUGUGCAGUUUGUUUGUUUUUCGCAGAUGCUCAUCUGUGCGGUUUGGUUAAAUACAUCAGUUAUUUCUCAUGGAAGAGGAUGGAAGGAUGUUCCCAUAUAGCUUGGUGAUUGAAGUAUUACGUGCAUGCAGUGCAUGCCAUCGGUCUCAGUUGCAAACGUCCCACAUCAGCAGUAUUAGAGGCCCCUAUGCUUGGUGGGUGAGGCUUGAGUGCAAAGUUUCAUCAUCAAAAUACAUUUUAAAGAGAAUGGUAAUGGGGUGUGAGUUGUUUUUAUUUUAAAACAAGAAAGUGGUCUUAAAGGUUUUGUUGCUGGUCCUGGUGACAUCUCUCUCACGUAUCGUGUGUAUGUAUCUGUGUGUACGUGUCAUGUGCCCACAACAUCCCGGCCAGCCUAGCUAUGCUGUUCGUAGUUCCAUAAGUCUUAAUUAAGAGAACGCCAGUAUUGAUUGAUUGAUUGAUUGACGGGAUCCCUGUUACAGUUCACAUCGAGCACAAGCCUGGUGCCGCCAGUCAUGCGUUGGCACGUGGGUGGGUCACCAUGUUUGUGUUAGGGUCAAUAACAUAUUUAGCUGCAGACGACAGGUGGAGCAACCAUAGUGUAGCUAAUCUUGUAUUAUCUAAAUGAAUGUAUUAAUUAUUCGUAAUUGAUGAAUAAGCAACGAAUAUGCUUUUUGUUUUAGAUAAUACAGUGAAAACAAACCACAGCAAAAGAACCCUCAUACAAUACAUAGAAAGCUGCGGUUGCACUAUCCUGACGACUGCAGCUAAAUGACAAUGACCCAAAAUGAAAUGGCGGUUCAGAACAUGGAGGUUUGUGUCACUACAUGUUUGAGUCAGAUUACGGGGUGGGGGAAAAUACAAUAUGGCCAAACACCUCUUGAAUGAAAAAUGGUGUAGUGCCAUAAAUGUUAUUAAAUUAAUUUUCUCUGUCCAGUGUGUCGUAUCAUCAUGUUGGUACUGAGAUGCACAUGUCUUGAGGUCUGCUAUGAAAUGCAUCAUACCCAGCUGUCUGCUUCUUUUCUGGCUUGGUGCACAUCUGUCCUGUAUUUCUAUACUUUUGUUUUGGUUUUAUUUCUUAGAGUUAAUGAUGGAAUUCUUGUUUGUGUGCGUGUGUUUUACUAAUAAACCAGUUGUUUCCAAACUUGGUAUCAUGUAUAAAUUGGUAUAUACACAUUUUGUUUCCCCACAAUGCUGUUACUUUAGUUACACCAUGUUGAGUGGGGGCAUGAGGUACAUGUGUUAUCUGAAGUGAUGGGAUUUCUGAUCAUGAUUUGUUUUUAAGGGUAUGCGCAAUUUCCAAGCAUCACACAAUCAUCGCGAUCCUAAGUCACAAGCAGAUUUCUCCUCAAGCAGUUUUGUUGUGUGCUGUAUUUGUGAAAGACGUCCAUGUAAUUAUUUUAUUUUUUUGUUCAAUGAAAGUAUUUGGACAACUUUAGUGAUUGUCACGCAAUAGAAAGGAAAACAACAUAAUUUAACAAGUUACCAACAAAGAAUGUGUUCAAUUUUUCAUUUUGUGUCAGUUAUAAAUGAAGCCUUCAGUUUGAGGGCUUUGCUGUGUUCUGGCCUGCAAGAAUCACAGUACGGUUGUUUUGUCAGCCAGAGAGUACGUGUAUGCCAGCAGAGAUCCGUUUUGAUUUGCCGUAAACUAGCCAUCUCGUAAUGGUAGAAGGUGUUAGGUGUUUUACUUGUCUAGCAGUACAGACAGACACUCUCUCCCAAAGCAUUUUGUCCAGGAGCACCUUGACCUCUAUUGUUACACAAUGGAUUUGAAAUGUCCACCCCCCCCUCCAUCUAAUGUGUUCCUAAUUGGGGGUUUUCAAAACAAACCUAUUUUAAUCCGUCUCUUGGCUGUACUCAUUUUGCAUUUUGACACCAUUUGCUGGAGUUGAAUGAAUGACUGAUUUUUUGAGGGACAAGUGACAAAACAGUUCUUGUCAUUUAUUGCUUUACACAACGCGUGUUUGUGUGAAAUACAAUUGUGUAUGUACAUUAUUAAAAAAACACAUGAAAUGUCAAAAUGUUUUGCCUUAGGUGAUCUGAUCAGGGUUUAGAAACAACUCCUGCUGCCCCCUCUCCUCCCUCCCUCCCUCCCUCCUGCUUCUAGCGUUUGCAAAGCCAGCAGCACACGCAGUACCUGUGGGCUGACAGAGGACCAUUUUUCUAUUAUUCUUAUCCUACGACUGUAAAUGGUUUGAUUUUACUGGAUGUGCUAAAAAGUUUUCUUUUUUUGGUAUAGAUUGUCCUAUUCGCAGGUCAAGCAAUAAAAAAAUACAUUCUUAAAAUA